AUGGUCGAACUUUCGGCUGGUAACAUAAUCAGUAAAGUGAGCCAGUCAUCCUUGGACUACAUUAUUAGUCGCAAUGGUAGAAAGUACAAAUCGAGCACCAGGGCCAAAUUAUUUUUUCCGGCAAUAUGGGAAAACUUUAGCACUUAUAACUGUAUCAGCUUAACUGAUCUUUCAGAACACUGCUCAAGUUCGGAAUAUCUACAAUCGUUGGAGUAACAAAAAUGAUUGAUUUAGCUUCCUGUUCAGAAAGAGUGAAAAUGUGUAUUGGGCCUUACUGCCCUAUGGUCCCAAUGCCGAUGCAAUGAAUUACCAAGGUUGUAGUACAUAUUAAAAGAACAAUCAACAAACAGUGCGAAAGGCACUGUUGAAAAUACGGAACAAGUAUAUACUGUUACGGCCUCCGUUUCCCCUGGCCCGGUCACCACCGACGCUGGGGCCUCAACUACUGCUGCACCCGCUGGGCCGGAACGGCCCCGUCGACAAGUCAAGCCCAACAGCCGGCUGACGGCCCAAGUCUGGGACACCACUCGCUAGGGUUAUGUAUCACCGGUUCCCCUCCUACGGAGGACGGCGUGGAUGUAACUGGCUAGGCGGCGGCUCUCUCUCUCGAUCCCCCCUUUCUCCCUCCACCGAACCCCAAACCGGCCGGAAUUCUUGUAUCCUUGAUCCUGUGUGAGAAAUAUUGUAGCGGGAGCCUAACAAGUGGCAUCAGAGCCGUCCCGAUCCACCCCCAAUUUUUCUUUUCCACCAUCAAUCUGGCCGGCCGUUUCCCCUCUAUUAUCCAGACGCGGCGAGGUGCUAUGGAGGAGAUCAACAAGGCUCUGGCGGACCUGACGGCGGCCAUCAGCGGCAUGUCCGCCCAGAUCAGUGAGAUCCACCCGGUGGUUCUCGAGCUUCAAGGAUGGCGCCCGGCGAUCGAGCGAUCCGUCGACGAGCUACGGGCGGAGGUGACCGAUCUUCGCCAACACAUCCAGGCACCGCGCCCAGCGGCCGCGCAGGCGCCGGAUCCGGCGCUGCUGAAGGAAACGGCGCCCUCGGUCCGCCUCUCCGACCUGCCGCCUCUGCUUCCAGACAUGGCCGGCACGUCUCUCCAUCGACCAGGCGAGCAGCCACACGCUCGCGGUGACGGCAGUCACGGACCCGAUGGCCGCGGUGUCGCACAUGAUCUUCGGGGGAAAUCGGUGGGUGAGAUUCACUCCCCACGAUUGCCUCCGGCCACUGGUACGUACGAUCUCCUUCCGUAUGGCGAGCAGUCGUUCUCAGGGGACCGGGGAUAUCACCGUUUGCCACCACCGCCGCGGUUCGAUUUCCCUGUUUUCGACGGGACGAACCCGAAGGCUUGGCGUCUUAAAUGUGAAGCUUACUUCCGCGUUUGCACCCUUAGCCCUGACACUUGGGUCAGUUGCGCCGCCAUGUAUUUCACAGAUGGGGCUCUCACUUGGCUCCAGUCCUCCCAAGCUCACUUGCAUUAUCAGGAUUGGGGGGGGUUUUGCUGCCGUGAUCUGCGCCAGUUUGGGCGUGAGGAAUUCCAGAACCUGUUAAGGCAGUUUAAUAGGUUGAAACAAACGAGCACAGUGGCAGAAUAUGCAGAGCAAUUUACUCAAAUUAUGCAUCACCUUCUAGCACAUCACCCCUCUUGGGAUCCUGCAUUUUUGUUACCCAGUUCAUGGAGGGUUUGCAACGUGAUAUUCGUGCAGCUGUUGUUUUGCAUAGACCACAAACUCUGGAUACUGCUGUGGAUCUCGCCUGUUUGCAGGAGGAGGUGGUGGACUCUUCCGGCGGGAUGA